CGGGUCUUGGGUUUUAGCCCUGGGCGCAGAGGUUUCUGGGAGCCAUGAGGUAUGAUGGCGUCUGUAUGAUCUCCUGAGGCGACUGCAUCGGAGCUCGGCCAAAGUGAGCGGCAGCAGGAAAGCAGACUCAUAAAAGAUGACAACAGCAGCUAGGCCAACUUUUGAACCUGCAAGAGGGGGGAGAGGAAAAGGAGAAGGUGAUUUGAGCCAACUCUCAAAGCAAUAUUCAAGCAGAGACCUACCCUCUCAUACAAAGAUAAAAUAUAGACAGACCACUCAGGAUGCCCCUGAAGAAGUUCGGAACCGUGACUUCAGGAGAGAGUUGGAAGAGAGAGAGAGAGCUGCUGCAAGAGAAAAAAACAGAGACCGGCCAACCCGAGAACAUACAACCUCCUCUUCAGUGUCAAAGAAGCCUCGGUUGGACCAGAUUCCCGCUGCCAACCUCGAUGCAGACGACCCUCUAACAGAUGAGGAAGAUGAAGAUGAAGAUUUUGAAGAGGAGAGUGAUGAUGAUGAUACUGCAGCUCUUCUUGCAGAGCUGGAAAAAAUUAAAAAAGAAAGAGCUGAAGAGCAGGCCAGGAAGGAACAAGAACAAAAGGCUGAAGAAGAAAGGAUUCGUAUGGAAAACAUUCUGAGUGGAAACCCUCUCCUUAAUCUCACUGGCCCAUCCCAGCCUCAGGCCAACUUCAAAGUUAAAAGAAGGUGGGAUGAUGAUGUGGUUUUCAAGAACUGUGCAAAAGGUGUAGAUGAUCAGAAGAAAGACAAAAGAUUUGUAAAUGAUACGCUGCGAUCUGAAUUUCACAAAAAGUUCAUGGAGAAAUAUAUUAAAUAGUACAGUUUUAUGUGCUUAAUUAAAGGCUAUAAAAUGUAAACAAUAUGACUUUAUUUUGGUUUUUUUGUUUUUCUCUUUCUCCCCCCGCAUCUAAAUUGUGUAUAGGCUUCCCUAAUUUUAAGUUCCAAAAUAUCUUUUCCUUUAUUGAUUCCUAACUUGAUAAGGACUGGGAAUUGGUUUAACCAAUUGCCAUCUCAAUAUUUCCAGUCAUAUGUUUUUCUUUUGAAUAUGGGAAAAGGAAUCUGCUUGUAAUAAAUAUUUUUAAUAAUCUGUGUCAAAUCUGUGUUCCCACCUUUUUUGUUGAAAUAUGUGCAGCUUAUAAAACAUUGCAUAUUUUCUUU